AAAUAAUAUGGUUGAAAGGCGUAAAGUGCGAGUAAAUAGUGGAGACUUUUACAAACCGUAAUUACGAGGUGAAAUUAUCGGCUACAAGAGUGAAUCGCUGCUGCGCUUCUCCUGCAACGGUUUGUUUUGUGCAGUGACAAGGAACAAACCUCUCUGCAUGUUGAAAUAUCACUGUCAUGCUAUUUCUGUGCUUUAAUUCAAUUCGAGGGCUUUGGAAGGGUUUAAGGCGCUAGGAAUACAGCUCAGAGAAGGUUUUCUUCGAAGCUCUGAGCUCUAGUGAAGUAUUUACUGUUUGUAAGUGGUUAUAGCUAUAGCUAUGGCUGCUGCGGCUUCUUUUGUGCAUAAUAUUAGUCCUCACCCAAUGUUGGGUUCUAUUCUGGAAAUUAUUGCCGUUGAGAAUCUUGUAACGGUUACAGAGGCCUUGCUUCUCAUGUCCAUGCGGAGGUUAACUGGAUUUGAACGGUCAUUGAUUAUGGACAUUGGAGUUGAAGAAGGCAAGGAAUGUUUGCCUGUGCUAAAGGUGGAUAGACCAUGUGUAGAAGGCGAUCUCAUUGAUGGAUCUGAUUCUAGGAAUACAGUACCAAGUAAAUCUUCUGCCACUUCUUUUGAAGUAGGAGAGUGUAAGGAUGCUGGAAGUGAUGAUGAUGAGGACGAUGAAGAUGACGAUGAAGAUGAUGACGACGAUGAGGAUGAUGUUGGUGGGGAUGAGGAGGAUGAUUUAUCAGCUGAUGAAGGAGGUAAAGGGGAUCAGGAAAAUAACCCAGAUGAAGAUGAAGGUGAGGAGGAAGCCAAUGGCAACGAUGAAGAAGAAGAUGAUGAUGAUGAUGACGAUGAUGAUGGUGAGGAUGAUGACGAUGACGAGGAGGAGGAUGAGGAUGAUGAAGAGGAUGAAGAGCCUCCUGCCAAAAAGAAAAAGUGAAAUUUUCUCAUUCUAGAUUGAGCCUCACAAUUUUGUGCAGGACAUUGAUUUCAACUAAUUGUAGCUUUAGAUUAUUGAAAUUGUGUUUUUAGGACAUGAAUAGAAAGAUUAGCAAUGGCAAGAACCUUAUGUGUAUUAAACAAGUGCUGUUUUCUACUUUGAGAAAUCUAAAUUCUAUGUUUGCUAAAA